CUUUCAACACAGUAGACCGAAACAUCGGUCAAAAAAAAAAAUAUCACUGAUCACUGUAGACCGGAAUAUCGGUCUCAGGCACAUGGUGAAAGUAAACAAGUUAUUCUUAGAAAUAGAAAGUUUUCUCUGCGCAAAAUCUUUCGCAAUGAAUUCUGGGUAGAUAGACAUAACAUCCAUUACCAAAUAUGGCAGACCACAUGGUAAGAAUCGCAGAGAAAAUAAGAAAUAUGAGACGAAUCUCGAAGAAAGAAAAGAAGAAAGCAAAGUGGCGAGUGACGGCGAAGAGUCAGAUCUUUCUGGGGACGAAAACUUUGAUGAUGUUGGAAAUUUUGACUUAGUCAACCUUCCCAGAUGACAACAAAAUGCACUCGAAAGGCAGUUCCGAGAUUUAGUUGGCGAAAGUGACGAGGAUUUGGACUUUGAAGGUUUUGAACCUGAGGACGCAUACAGGACCCCCGAGUUUGUUGACUGGGAGAAGACAGAAAACAGAAGAGAUAUUUAUCCAUUUCCUGGGUGUGUUGGCCCUGUCUGCGUUUUGGAUGUUUCAUGCAAAGCUGUAGACUUUUUUCAAAUGUUUUAUUCCCAGGAAUUAUUUGAAAAAAUAGUGGAAUAUACCAACCUAAGCGCUGCAACAAAACGAACCGCUGACCCAGAAUAUCACAAUGGGUCUUGGACUGAUGUUACUGUGGAAGAGAUGAAGGCAUAUUAUGGAAUUCUACUACUGAUGGAGGUCAUGACAUUUGAAAGAGAUGAACUUUAUUGGUAUAACAAUGAGAAAUACUGGGUGAUUGGGUCCAAAAUUGGAGAAAUAAUGACCAGAGACCGCUACAUUCAAAUCAAGCGUUACCUUCACUUUAGCGAUGACAGAAACAACAAUGAUGACAAACUACACAAAGUAAGAAUGAUUUUAGACACCCUAAGAUCAUCAUUCCAGCAGGAAUACAUCCCACAUCAACAUGUAUCUGUUGAUGAAGCUAUGAUUCCAUUCAAAGGGCGACUUGGCAUGAAGCAGUACAUGAAAGACAAGCCUAUAAAGUUCGGAAUCAAAAUGUGGGUAGCAGCAGACGCAGUAACAGCCUACUGUCACAAUUUUGAAAUUUAUGUUGGGAGGAAUAACGAUGUCAUAAUCAACAGGAAACUGGGACUCUCCUCACGAGUAGUCAUCGGAAUGACAAAGCCACUGGAAAAUAAAGGGUACGUCAUUUACACGGACAAUUUUUAUACUAGUCCGACUUUGGCUGACUAUUUGUAUAACACUUAUCUCUGUGGUACAGUUAGGCCCAGCAGAAAAGGAUAUCCCAAAGCCAUGAUUCCUACAGCAAGAGAUGCACGGAGAAUGCCACGAGGUACGUCGGACUGGCUGAUGUGUGGACCGUUGUUGGCACAAUAUUGGAAGGACAUUCGCCUCAUGUAUUAUCUAGCGUCAUACCACAGACCAGAAGAAGAUGAUCUCGUCACCACCAGAAAGAACAAAGAUGGCACUGAAGUUGAGAUUCCUGUCACACCAACAGUGAAGGGUUAUGCUGCAUACAUGGCUGGUGUUGACAGACUUGAUCAGAUGUCGAAGAUGAACAAGUCCAAGAAAUCCCUUCGCUGGUACCGCAAGAUUGAAAUCCGCCUGCGAGAAAUAGCUCUGUACAAUUCAUAUAUCUUAGAGGGAACAGUUUUGGACCACAAUCCAAGAAACAAAAGGAAACGAGACAUGCUCAGCUAUCGACUUGAUGUUGCCCACCAACUUAUAGGGGAUUACCGCCAGGAAAGGAGAGGAUUCAAACGUGCGCGUUCACUUGAUGCACAACCAGAGAUUCGACUUGACGAAAAAUCCCACUGGCCUGCAGGUACUGGAAGUGGCAAUACAGUGUGUGUUUUGUGCAACAAGAAACAUGUGUUGUACAAAAACAGUCAUCCUGGAUGUUCUGUGGCCGAAAAUCCAAUGAAACGAACAAAAACCACCAUGAAAUGCGAAAAAUGCAAUGUUUCUUUGUGUUGUAAUGCAAGACGCACUUGCUUCAAAGACUACCACACAAAAGUCUAUUACUGGCAGUAG